UAAUGGAAAACAUGGGCAAGAGAUUUGCCAAGUGGAAGAGAAUGGUGAGACAGCAAAAGGGGAAGCUCUAUAUAAUGAGGGUUUGCAUCUCUAUGCUUCUUGGUUGGCACAAAUACUCCAAGGCAACGUACAUGGGUUCUAAUUAAGGAGCAUUCAGCUUUGGUUUAGUUUAGUUUAGUUUUUCUAGUAUGUGAUGAGUUUAGUUUGCUGUAUUUUUGUUGCUAAGAUAUAUUUGUACAUUCUCUCUAUAAUACAAAUGAAAUG